AUGCCUACAAAGCAGAAGACUGUAAACGGAGAAAUUGCGUCCUGGGAAGAUCCUCACCCCGGGCAACGAUUGCAGAUUCCACUCGGGGUGGCUGCGGGACUGCAUAUUUAUCCUCAAACUAUCAGCGGAGAUGUUAUGGGUGGUGUGGCCGUAAAAGCGCGGAGCGCGUGUUCAAACAAUGGACCUCUUACAAUUGGGUGUAAUGGCCGCGGUCGUCACCGUAGCGUUAAACCGUCAAAACCUUUAAAAAUACCUGCCAAAGUGGUCGAAGAGCCGGAAGCGAGAGGUGUUCCGCUAGUAUCACCACAGCCGUGCGGGUUUAUGAUCCCGCCGCUGCACCUCUUGUCUCAUCCCGAACCCGUCGAAAAUCUCGAAUACGAGACCGAUACUGGAACAGACGCUGGCACUGAAACUGGAACAUUAUUCAGUGAAGCGGAUACCGAUCGGAUGAGUGUGUCGACUGUUGGUCACACCCGGUAUAGCGACUAUUCUAAUUAUCUCUGCAACUCUCACGAUGAAGAAAGAGACGAUGCAUCGAUGACCGUCGUUGACUCAGAGGCCUUCACAAGAGCUAAUUCCGUCGAUGACGCAUACGGUUGGGAAGCAGAGCUCGACCGUAAGAUGAGUUGCCGAGUUAGCAUGGAUUCCAUGUGUCCUCGUCCUUAUCAUCAGGGUCGAAAAAUCGAUGGUAGUCGACGAAGUCUACUCCAUCGUGUCUUUUCAGUGUCGGGGAGAAGAAUUAAUUCCGGCUUCUAG